UCCAAAUGUAAACGUAUUGCUCUCCUUCUUACGGCUGCUCCGCCCAACCCCAACAACAAGGGGGUGUUGAUGUUCAAGAAACAUCGGCAGAGGGCCAAGAAAUACACACUUGUGAGCUACGGCACAGGAGAGGACGAACCAGAGUACAGCGACGAGGACGACGAGGAAAACGAAGACGAGAAACAAGAAAUCCAUGCUGUUGAAUUUACCCUUGUGGCUCCAAACGGUUCUGAAAUAGAAAAGCAUUUCCUUACUAAUGCCCAUAGUAGCAAAAGUGUGCUAACUGUCAAUAGGGACAAGGGUCUCCUUGAGAUUGAAAGGAACCUAAACAACCAAGCAGAGAUGGAAUGUUUGCCUGAAACCAUGGGCAAGGGUGCCGUAAUGUUUGCCCAACGACGUCAAAGGAUGGAUGAGAUUUCAGCUGAACAUGAGGACCUUAGGAGUCAGGGGAUUCCCGUGGAAGGAGUGUCAAUGGUUGAAAAGAAGACAGAAGACCACUCCUACAUGCAAUCCACAACAGAGGGCCAUGCUUACAUGGAUGUAAAUAUACACCAACAAAGCCAACACCAACAACAGUUUCAGCAAUAUCAGGAACAGCAGUACUAUGAGCAACAAAAGAACUACCAACAACAACAACUACAACAACAACAACAACAACAACAACAACAAUACCAACAACAAUAUCAGCAGCAACAGUAUGAACAACAGCAUUAUCAACAACAGCAAAUAUAUCAGCAGCAGCAACAAUAUCAUCAAGAGCAACAGCAAAUGCAGCAAUAUUCUACAAACACCAAUGGCACUGUCCAUCAUCAAACCAGUGAAAUGCAGAGUUCUUUCAGCAAUCGUACUGCAAAGCCAUUCUCAGUAGAAACCACGCCGGCUACCCCUUAUUCUCCCACAAUAAGUGGGACCAAUCAAGAUUUUGUGGGCCAAGGAGAGCAGAUAGCUUCCCGGGAUGAGCGCAUUUCUACCCCUGCAAGCCGGACUGGUGUUUUGUCGGAUGCAAGGAGAAGAAAUGCUGGCAAGCCUAUGUUCACGUUUAAGGAAGCACCAAAAGUAUCGCCUAAUCCAGCACUGCUAAACCUGCUCAACAGAAAGGAUAAGAAGUUGGGAUUUGAGUCAGGACCUGAGGAAGACUACCUUAGCCUUGGGGCUGAGGCUUGUAAUUUCUUGCAGUCUCAACAAAUAAAACAUAAGACUCCUCCACCAGUAGCUCCAAAGCCUGUGAUCAACCCCAACUCUCCUCCUUGGUCCCCUGAGAUAGAAGUGACCAACCAGGACAUGCCUCAACAAGCUGAAAAUAGUGUGUCCACACCUGCUGUGGCCCCCACCACAGAGACUACCCCUGCUCCAGAACUAGAGCCAACCCCAGCACCUGCCCAUGAGCCCUCACCCCCUCCUGCCCCCCAGGAGACUCUUGACAGCACCACUACAGAGGAACAGCACACAUGGACUCCCCCAGAGCCUGAAUCUCAACAACAACCUAUGCAAGUGACAGCUCAGGAGGAAAAUAGUCAUAUAAAUUCUACCCUGCAGCCUGAGCCUUCUCCUGUUUCUAGCUGGACUCCAGCAAAAACCCAAGCACAACUACAGCCAUCUACCAAUUCUUGGCAUCCAGCUCAAGUGCAGCCACAGGAACCAACUCAUAGUCACUCUCCACCACAGCCACCGUGGAUGACACGACAAACUUCUCAGACGCAAGCACAGCCUCAACCCCCCACAAAUAUUUGGACCCCUCAAAUUCAGCCAUCCUGGACUCAGCCUCAAGGGCAAGCACAUGCCCAGACCCAAGCUCAGCCACCCUGGACUCAGCCUCAAGGGCAAGCACAGGCCCAGACCCAAGCUCAGCCAUGCUGGCCCCAGCCUCAAGAGCAACCACAUGCCCAGACCCAAGCUCAGCCACCCUGGACUCAGCCUCAAGGGCAAGCACAGGCCCAGACCCAAGCUCAGCCAUGCUGGCCCCAGCCUCAAGAGCAACCACAGUCUCAUUCACAGGUUCAGCCACCCUGGGCACACUCACAUGAGCAACCAAAUCUGCAGCAAGUGCAACCAACUUGGGGUCAACCUCAAGAACCAAUGCAGCAGCAGCCCCAGGCCCCAUGGGCACAGCCAUCUCAAACAGACUCUCAGCAUCAACCACCAUGGGUGCAACAACCCCAGCAAAAAUCACAAACACAACCUCCUUGGGCUCAACAGGUUCAGCCAGAAUCCCAGCCACAGCCGCCAUGGGUUCAGCAACCACAGCAUCAGGCUCCACAACAAGCAUGGCCACAGGCCCAAGCGCCAGGUCAGGCCCAAGCGCCAGGUCAGGCCCAAGCGCCAGGUCAGGCCCAAGCGCCAGGUCAGGCCCAAGCGCCAGGUCAGGCCCAAGCGCCAGGUCAGCCCCAACCACCGUGGGUCUCAGCUCAACCUCAACAGCAACAGCAACCUUCAAUUAAUGAAUGGCCUCCAUCACAAACUCAAGCCCAAGUUCAGCCACCUUGGAUCCAAGCAGCCCAAGCACAACCCCCAGCGCAGCCUCAAGCCAUUAUGAAUCCAUGGCCGCCAGUACCUACCCAGGCUCAGUCCCCUCCAUCAUGGGACCAGCAGCCUGCAGAACAUGGUCAGCAACCCAUGAAUUCUUGGGCCCAAGAGCAAAAUCCGGCCCAACAUCAACCACCUUGGGCUCAACCAGUUCCACCCCAGCCCAAACCACAGCCAAACUGGCAACAAUCCACUUCAAAGACUCCACCACAGGCAACAAUGAAUACAUGGCCUCCACCUCAGACACAACAUCAGGCACCUGUAAAUGCUUCGGCACCACAGUCACAGCAAACGCCUGUGAAUGUUUCCUCGUCGAUGGUGAACACUCGUCCGUCUCCAAAACCUUGGCAUCCACCACAAGAUGCCCCACAAAACCGGACCCCUCCGUCCCCACCACAGCGACUGCACUCUUUAACCAUUGGUCAACGAGCUUCAUCACCCAUCAACCCAAUGGCCAGUGUCUUAAACCCAUCAUCACAAGGUUCAACUUUUGGGAUGCCAGCCGUCAGAGGGAAAGGAGCUGAUAUGUUCGCCAAGAGGCUGUCUCGUAUGGAGAAGUUUGUUGUGGACUCUGAGACUGUGCAAGCAAACAAGACUAGCCGGCCCACAUCGCCAGUUGCUUCCUUACCGAAUGAGUGGAAAUAUACACCCAACUUACUUGGCAGGAGCUACUCCCUUUCCCCACUAGUCAGAGUACCAUCCACAGGCCAGAACACAGCUUCGGCUUCUUCUUCUCCCAAGCCUCCGGCUUGGGCCUCCACAACUCCCCCAGCCAGACAGGCAUCCUGGCCACAGAGAGUCCGCAAACCCCUAAUGCCCUGGGAGGCCGCCUCCCGCCAUCCCCUGGGCCUGGUGGAUGAAGCCUUUGCUUUCCAGGACCUCCAGCAAAGCCUAGCCACAAAUGUUUGCUUGGCAGCCCAGCGCAAAAUGUUGCCUGAGCCGCCAGCAGAGUGGAAGGCCAGGGUGUCUUAUGAAGCCCAGCAGAAACCAGGCAGCCAGACUUGGAGCCGGAGCCAGAGUGGCAGUGAGCGUCGAGCUCCGCUGCCAUCAUUUGGGUCCCUAACAAGGAGCGCUGUCUCUGCCCCUGUCGGUCAUGCUGGUUACAGGUCUCUGCCCAGACAGUGGCAGCCUCAGAGGGCUAGCCAUGUCACAGUUCUCCACCAUGACGACCGGGGAGAGGAAAAUGCAGGCAGCAGCAAUCUGCAGGGAGGUUCAAGCCCAGGAAGGGCGAGGACAACUCUGUGGCUGGGUCUGAAGGCCACUGACAGCUGAAAGAUAUUCUGGCAAAUUAUGCCCCUCACACUUGGAUAUAGGCCUGUGACAUCUCCAUGAUCAGCAUGCAGUAGUGAGCACGUGGUGCUAACCACAAAACAAGCACUAGACAUGAGUGGAUUUCAAGAGAAGAUAAUUGCUCAUUCAUCAUAUUGGCAGGAGUACCAAGUCAGCAGUCC